AUGGAGAUAAUCGAGGAUGAACGCUUCUCCGUGCUCUCUGACCUGUCAUUACAUGUAGUCAACAUUAUACACAACGGCCUGGUCCUAUGCAAGCGUGACCCAAUUUCCCCGAACAAAAGCCAAAUAGAACCAGGCGAUGCAUCUACUGGGCUUUCAGGACCACCAAACUCGAGCACACGAGAAAAGCUAGUGGAAACCGAAGUCAUGGAAAGCAACGAUAUAGCAGAAGACACUGAGACUGCUGCUGCCCAGGCCGAAUUGCACGUGCGUAGUGCAGUAGGCAUAGUAGAAGCCAGGUUUGAUGAGCUUGUUGGGCAGCUGCAUACUUUACUAGCUAGGUUUGAUACAGCGAUUCAGAAGCUGACUGCAUCUUGUAGCAAAACGAUCAGUUCUGGACUAGUUCUGACUGACGGAUCCACUGAUAUUGAAUCUACAGAGCAAGUAUUUCAGAGACCACGGAUGAGCUGGAGUGCCGACAUUCAUACCGAAAGGAGCAGAACAAGUGUAGCUGUUGAGGAGAAGGCAAAUAAAUCUGGCUACUCAAUAGUGCAUCAGAGGGCACUUUCUGAUGAUGAUGUAAGCUCUUUUGAUCUAUUCCGUAAACGAUAA